AUGGCGUGUGCACAGCAAUCUCCUACUGAGUACCUCAGAAACGCCAGGAAAAACCUGGUUACUCGUAUGAAAAACCUUCCUGUGAUCAUUGAGAAUCUUUAUCAGAAGAAUGUUUUCAAUGACUAUGAGAUCGAUACUCUCAAAGCCGAGAAGACAGAGUUUGAUAAAGCCAGAUGUAUAUUGGAUUGGGUCAUUAACAAAGGUGAAAUCGCCAGUUAUGAAUUACUCAGGAUUCUGGAUGUCACUCAGAAGAGGACAUUACCUUCAGAUUUACGCUACUGGAUCAGCUGUUUUCCCUUCAGAUGGGAAGAUACAGAGGCCAGUUAUUCAUUUGGUACAAAGCCCUGUCAAAUCUACCAGACACAGCUCAAGAUGAAAGCAAAAAACAUCCUGAAGAACCAAAGGGAACGUUUCUGUAAAUAUCUGGAUGACAAGGCACAAGUAAACUUCAGUUUCAUAUCGCUGGUUUUAGAGACUGGCUCUGUCAUGAAAACGCAAUGCAAAAUAAAAUUGAAAAACAAAAAAUGCAAAAAACUACGACCCAAAAAAUUGAGAGCUUACAUACCUAAUGAGGAACAAGCACUGUCACCUGAGGAUCUCCUGAAAUGGCAGGACCAGAACAUCCUCAUCAUAGGCAAACCUGGAGUAGGAAAGACUACAGUUGUCCAGGAAAUGUUGCGUUGUUGGGCAGAGAAGGAUAACAGAGAGCUGGACUACCAGUUUUACUUUGAUGAACGUGUUUUGCCCCACAGUUCUAGCAUUGCCAGUUUGCAGUCUGUUUUGUUUGAUGUGUAUUUAAAACCAAUGGAAAAAGACAGAAUGGAAGUGUUUAAAGAUAUUGAGGAAAACUCUGAUAAUGUUGUCAUUGUGUUUGAUGGUGUGACGGAUUUGGAAGAAAAUUCCAUCUUAUGGAAGAUCAUGAACCACGAGCUCCUGCCUGAUGCCAAGAUUGUGAUAACAUGCAGAUCAGAGGUGGAGGAUGAUCCCGUUUUCUCCAUUUGGCCGACACGGAAAGUGUAUGUCCAAGGAUUCAGUGAAGAGUCUAUCAACACUUACUACCAGAGUAUGUUGGGUCAUGAUCCUGUUCUUCUAGAUGUUAUUUUGAAGAAUCAAGAGCUGUUCAGUCUUAGUCAUGUUCCAUUGUAUGCAUUCAUGAUUGUAGACUUGAUUCAGUUUAAAAAUGACACUGUAUGCAACCAUUCACACACAGUCACUGAAAUGUACAUCCAUAUUUUCCGUCUUGCUGUGAAGAAACAUGGGAAUAAAAAAAAUAAGCAAAUAGAUAAGUACCUGAAAGAGAUGAAAGGUCAGGUUUAUCGCUUGAUGGAAAAUGCUUUCAAUGCAACUAUGCAGAAGUGCCUAAACCUUCCAGAUAUUAGCAGUGAUGAGACAGACGUUUGUCAUGCUUUCGCUAUGAUUGGUUCUGAGCAGAUUGUGCUCAUCUCAGCAGUUUUCCAGUCUCCUGAUGACUGGAACAUAGAUCUCUCCCAGAGAAAGAGCUCCGUCCUCCUGGAAGUGCUGAAACUCCAAGCAGAGAAGAAACCAGUAGAGCUGAGAGGAUGUUCAGAGGAAGAGAGUGAAAUGACGAGUUUCCUUCAGUGUCUGCCCUACAUCUCACAGCUGAGAUGUGGAGAAGGCCUGAUGUUGAAGGCCCAGGCUGGAGAAGGCCUGAUGUUGAAGGGCCAGACUGGAGAAGGCCUGAUGUUGAAGACCCAGGCUGGAGAAGGCCUGAUGUUGAAGGCCCAGGCUGGAGAAGGCCUGAUGUUGAAGGCCCAGGCUGGAGAAGGCCUGAUGUUGAAGGCCCAGGCUGGAGAAGGCCUGAUGUUGAAGGCCCAGGCUGGAGAAGGCCUGAUGUUGAAGGCCCAGGCUGGAGAAGGCCUGAUGUUGAAGGCCCAGGCUGGAGAAGGCCUGAUGUUGAAGGGCCAGACUGGAGAAGGCCUGAUGUUGAAGACCCAGGCUGGAGAAGGCCUGAUGUUGAAGGCCCAGGCUGGAGAAGGCCUGAUGUUGAAGGCCCAGGCUGGAGAAGGCCUGAUGUUGAAGGCCCAGGCUGGAGAAGGCCUGAUGUUGAAGGCCCAGGCUGGAGAAGGCCUGAUGUUGAAGGCCCAGGCUGGAGAAGGCCUGAUGUUGAAGGCCCAGGCUGGAGAAGGCCUGAUGUUGAAGGGCCAGACUGGAGAGGGCCUGAUGUUUCGGUUCAUUGAUGAAAAAGAAACAAGGAUGUCUGCAGUAAAACUCCUUCUCGAUCUCUGUGUUGCUGCAGUCGAAAAUGACACAAAUUCAGGAACAAGAUUCUUGACUCUGCUGUCAUCUGUGUGCAGUUAUGAAAUCUUCCCUUUUGCUGAGUGGGAUCAAUAUUAUGCUUCUGAUCAGAGUGAUUUCCUGCUUGAUCUUUACUCACAUGUGAAGAACUAUGAGACUCAAACAGGCAGGAGUUUCCUUCCAGCAUUACAGUCAGUUUUCCAGUUACGUGAUGACUGGAACAUAGAUCUCUCCCAGAGAAAGAGCUCCGUCCUCCUGGAAGUGCUGAAACUCCAAACAGAGAAGAAACCAGUAGUGCUGAUAGGAUGUUCAGAGGAAGAGAGUGAAAUGAUAAGUUUCCUUCAGUGUCUGCCCUACAUCUCACAGCUGAGUUUUUGGUCCAUUGAUGAUAAAGAAACGAGGAUGUCUGCAGUAAAAUUCCUUCUGAAUCUCUGUGUUGCUGCAGUAGAAAAUGACACAAAUACAGGAACAAGAUUCCCGACUCUGCUGUCAUCUGUGUGCAGUUAUCAUACCUUCCCGUUUCCUGAGUGGGAUGAUGAUUAUAAUGCUGAUGAUCAGAGUGAUUUCUUGCUGGAUCUUUGCUCCCGUGUGAAGAACUAUGAGACUCAAACAGGCAGGAGUUUCCUUCCAGCAUUACAGUCAGUUUUCCAGUUACGUGAUGACUGGAACAUAGAUCUCUCCCAGAGAAAGAGCUCCGUCCUCCUGGAAGUGCUGAAACUCCAAACAGAGAAGAAACCAGUAGAGCUGAGAGGAUGUUCAGAGGAAGAGAAUGAAAUUAUGAGUUUCCUUCAGUGUCUGCCCUACAUCUCACAGCUGAGACCAUCAAAGGAGACUCUCCAGAAGCUGGUUGAAUGUGUCUGUGAAGCUCAGGAAGAGGAGCUGACUCAGUGCUUCCUGCAGAAAGUAGGCGGGGAUCUGACUUCCUGUUCCCUAAACUGGGAAGAGCUUCAUUAUUUCCUGCAGCACAAAAUUCAACGCAUUGCUGUGGACCUCAGAAAGAGCAACAUUCAAUGCAGCAUCAGUGAAAUUCUGCCAUUUCUGAACAGGAUUCAGUUUAAACGCAUGAGCUCUAGCUUAAUGCUGUCAGUAAUCAGAGAGAUCUAUGAGUCCGGCUCUGUUGGUUUUGUGUCCGGUCUGUUGAGUUCAGUGGAGAACUACAUUAACCUGCAGAGCAGAGAGCUGGACUCUGUUCACUGUGCGGCCCUGCGCUUCACACUGCAGCACUGCACUGCAGUUUCACUCAAUCUACAUUGGACCUCCAUACCAGAGGAAGAGCUGGAGAGCAUUCUGCUUCUCUUCACACAUGUCUCCCACCUCAGUGUUGACAGGCUGCUUUUACUGAAGAUGCUGCACUGCUGCAGUGUCUCUGAUGUCCAGCAGGAGGCAGCAGCAGUUCUGCUCUCCAUCCUGCAGCAUGAGCUGGACUUCUCCUGCCUUUCUGCUCUGGACCUGACAACAAACACAGACUUAGAGCCUCUACAUCUGACCGCUGACGACUGCCGUGUGACGUCCAGAGUCAUUCAGAGAGCUCAUUCAGACACAAAGACACAGCUGAUUCUACAGGACUGUGAGAUUAAUACAGCUGGAAUGGAUCAGCUGUUCCCAGUGUUACAUUCUGUUCAACUCUGCUGUGCUAAAUCUCUGCUGCUUCAGUUUCUGGCUCAUGUGAGGCGUGAGGAAGCCGAGUCUCUUUCUCGAGCUCUGGGUGAAGAGCUGGAUCUCAGUCAGACUCAGCUGGACCCGCAGGUCUAUAGAGGUCUGGAGCUGAUUCUGGAAUAUUCUGAAGGACUGACAGAACUGGAUCUGAGUCAGUGCCGUCUCACCGAUGACAGUCUGGAUCUGCUGCUCCCAAACCUCCACAAAGCACAAAACAUUGAUUUUAGUGGCAACAGCAUCACUGACUUUGGGGCACUAAAAAUCUACUUUAUUGUCACUCUCAAGAGUAACAUAAAGACAGUAAGGCUCUUCAACAACAGAAUUGAAUUUAAAGAGCCCUUCAGCACAGACCCACGAUUUGAGAUCUGGUGAUGUCAAUAAACUCUCAACUCUCUGGAAUCAACAAGCAGGUGAAAUAACCAGAGGGCAAUAAUAAGGUAACAGGUGUAAACACUCUUUGAGGAAUCUGCCUAUCAGACUCCCAGAGAGGAAUCAAGCCACCAGAUUGUAAACAUUUAUUUUUAUCAUCUCUUUCAGUUAUAAUCAGCAGUGGGUUUCUGUUGCAUUAACUGUGUUUUGUGAAUGACAACAUCAAUCUCCUUUGUAAACUGUCUUUCCCC